AUGAGGCAGUUAUACCCUACAAAGAGAGAAUCUUCUACCACUCUAUUGCUUUCACAUUCAAAACCCAAGACAACAUUCGAUCUUUUCUUUCAGGAAACAGGGCGACUGAUAGGGAGCAGCAAUCUAUCUGUUGAGCAUCAGAAGGAAGAAAUAUCAGUCGCCUUCUUGAAGAAUGGAGGCGAGCUACUAGAGGAACUUGUUGCAUCUUUUGAUGGGCGCCAUAGAGUUCCUAUUGCUAGCUUCUCUGCCCAAGAUAUCAUCAGGGCGACAAAUGACAUCGCGGACUUUGUGCAUAUCAGUGAAAAUGGUUAUUUAUUCAAAGGAUGUUUGGGAGAUCGCCCGGUUUUAGUGAAGAAGUUCCACGAAGAACUAAUCUGCCCCCGGAAACUUAAUGGUGCCAUCAAUGAUAUAGUGAUUACAUCACAAAUGAGCCACCUCAAAAAUGUAAUGAAGCUCAUACGCUGUUGCCUGGAAUUCAAACACCCGGUUAUGGUAUACGAAGAUGCUGGAAAUGAACUUCUUACUGAUCUACUCUACUACCCGAACAGCGAUAGAUUUUUACCCUGGAAAAGCAGACUGAAAGUCGCAACUGAUAUUGCUUAUGUCAUUGCUUAUCUUCAUGAUGCAUUUCCCAGGCCAGUGAUCUAUAAAGAGCUAAGGACGGAUAAAGUGAUCGUUGAUCAAUUUGGUGUUACUAAAUUGUUUUGA